GUGACGAUCUUAUUGCUAUAUUGCAUUUCUUUUCAAAGAAUACAUUAUCCAUUUAACACAUAUAUGUGCGUAUGAUCCGUCUUCGCGAAAUAAUCGAUGUCACAAGUCACAAAUAACUUUGCACACACAUCUCUUUCCGCGAGUUUCUGUUUCCAAUUCGCCUUUAUCGAAAUUUAAAUGCGCGCAUAUAUUGAAGCAUAGAAAGUGAAAUUUACGCCGGCCACCACGUGGCGCUAGUAGGAUACCUUGAUGCGAACACAAGUGAUGUUUGACAUUUGUCAUUUUUGACAUUUGUCAAUUUUGACGUUUGUCACUUUUGACAUUUGUCACUUUUGUCAAUUUAUCAGUUUGGAUAUUUUUUCUAAGAAGAUGCCGGGUUGCUGCAUAUCCGGUUGUACUAAUUCAACCGUCAAGGGGUUCUCAAUGAGAAGUUUUCCCACAGAUCCUCAACGGAGAGCAUUGUGGAUCACCAAUAUUGGUAAACCAAAUUGGGAACCCAAGGCACAUAGUCGCGUAUGCGACGUACAUUUUUCUAAGAAUAUGUGGGAGAAAGUCCGUUGUGAUGGUAAACAGAAGUUAAAAUGUAACGCUGUGCCGACAAUUUUCCCUUCUCAUCAACUGGAUACAAAUAAUUUGGUCUAUAAUCAGAACACAGGUGAAAAUGAUAUUGAUAAUUUGGUGGCUGAUAAAAGAAGUAAUAUCAAUUUGCUUCCAAUAUCACAAGUUUAUUUAAAUGCACCUAUAUCUGCAAAUGUGGAAGAAGUAGAUUGGAAAAAACAAUGCGAAGAAUUAAAACUUCUAUUGAAAAAGAGCGAACAAACUUGCAAAAAACUUCAAAGUGCCAUAAACACACGCGAAGAAAUGUUUAAUAAAAUAAUAACAAAAAGUGAUAGAUUUAGAAAAAUUUUGAAGGAACGUUUAAAAAGAUUGAGAGAAAGCAAUCAAAAGUAUGAAAAUUUAAAAACUAAUUUAGAAAAAAUCUUUAAUAAAGAUCAAAUUAUAAUUCUUAGUAAAAAUGAUUGUAAAUGGUCUUACGAGACAAUUAUGCAAGCUAUUGAGUUGAAACAUAAAUGUGACAAUAAUAAAGCAUAGCAAAAUAUCA